UGCUUGAACCAAUAACUUUUCUAUUCAUUUACUCGCCUAGUUACAUACAUACAUACAUCUACUUCUGUCUGUAAGUAGACCUGACUCUCUGCUACAUAUUUUGACCCGAAUAGAUUCAAAAUACGACAGGUCAAAAUGAGUAGCAAUAGCGAGUUGAAGAGGUCUCGGGCGCAAGGUGCAGACGCGAAUGUGCCUUCGAAAGACACCGAGUCCGCCGUCGAACCGCCUGCUAAGAAAGCCCGAGUCGAGGAGAGCAGAUCUCUCUUCGUACGAUCGCUUCCUCCUACAGCUACUACUGAGACGCUGACCGACUUCUUCUCCCAACACUUUCCAGUGAAACAUGCUACCGUCAUUCUUGAUCCCCAGACCAAACUCUCCCGUGGCUAUGGCUUUGUUACUUUCACCGAUGCCGACGAUGCUAAGGAGGCGAAAGAGAAGCUCCAUAAACAAAAGCUAGAUGGCCGCCCGCUCGUGUUGGAGAUUGCAGAGCCUCGACACCGUCAGUCGGUUUCUGAGUCCGCCGGUACUGCUGCAAGGAAGGCCGAGAGGCAAGAAAUGCUGGCCGAGGCUCGCAAAGCCCCUAAGUUGAUUGUACGGAAUCUGCCCUGGAGCAUAAAAACCUCGAACCAACUGGCUGCUUUGUUCCAGAGUUUUGGAAAAGUAAAGUAUUCAGACCUUCCCAAUGCCAAAGGGAAACUGUCCGGCUUUGGCUUCGUCACCAUGCGCGGCCGAAAGAAUGCGGAGCGGGCUAUAGAAGCAGUCAACGGGAAGACUGUUGACGGUAGAACUCUUGCUGUUGAUUGGGCCGUCGACAAGAAGACAUGGGAAGAUCAGAAGCACCAACAAGUAAAGGAUGAUGCUACAAACAAGCAUACCAAGUCCGCGAAUUCGGACGGCGCGGCAGAAAACGACGACGCUGACUUGAGCGAAAUGCAUGAAGGUCGGACUGAAAAAGAGGAUAAAGAUGAAGAAGAUGAGGAGGAUGAAGAUUUGAAAAACUUCAUGAAGAACCAUAUGGAAAAUCUCGAAGAGGAAGAUAGCAGUGCCGACCCAGAUGAGGCUAAAUCUGAAGAAGGGAUUGAGGAAGAUGAUGAAGAAGAGGAUGAGGCUGCAUUAAAAGACGAGCCAGCCUCCAAGAAGCCUCAUACGACGGAUAACAGAUCGACCAUUUUUAUUCGGAACUUACCCUUCACGACGACAGACGCAGAGCUUAAGUCUCACUUCGAGCAAUUUGGUCGGGUACGCUAUGCCCGUAUAGUAGUUGAUCGAGCGAGUGAUCGACCGGCGGGCACAGGUUUCGUCUGUUUUAUCAACGAAAGCGAUUUCAAGGAAUGCCUAAGAGGUGCACCACGCACCCAGCAAUCCGCGAUACCAAACAAGAAGUCCAUCUUGCAGAACGAGUUAGCUGACGAACAAUGCAAAUAUACGAUCGAUGGUCGCGUCCUUCAGUUGUCUCAGGCAGUAAGUAAAGAUGAAGCGAGCCGUCUGGCGGAGACAGGAGCUGCCGUUCGACAAGGUAAGGACAGAGACAAACGUCGACUAUACCUGCUAUCUGAAGGGACCGUCAUGAAGGACUCUCCUCUCUACGCCAUGCUUGCCCCUUCGGAAAUCAAGAUUCGCGAACAGAGUACUACCCAACGAAAAAAGCUCAUCCAAAACAAUCCAAGUCUGCAUCUAAGCCUUACGCGCCUGGCAAUCCGCAACAUCCCUCGCGACGUGGAUUCAAAGAAACUUAAGGCCUUGGCUCGCGAAGCUGUUGUUGGUUUCGCUCGAGAUGUAAAGGAGGGCCGUAGACAACCGCUUUCUAAAGAGGAAUCUGCUCGUGGCGGUGAAGAGGACAAGGAAGCCGAGCGCCGGCGUAGAGAGAAAGGGAAGGGGAUAGUCAAGCAAGCAAAGAUAGUGUUCGAAAACAAGGAGGGAUCAAAGGUUCCCGAGGCGGACGGUGCUAGCAAAAGUCGGGGUUAUGGUUUCAUCGAGUAUUCCUCGCACCGAUGGGCACUCAUGGGUUUGCGAUGGCUGAACGGGCAUGCACUAGACAAUGCGACUGGGAAGACGCAGCGCUUGAUUGUCGAGUUUGCCAUCGAGAACGCGCAGGUUGUGGCGAGACGGAAGGACUCGCAAGCAAAACAACAGAUGCGAGACGGCCAACCUUCCGAUGAACAAAAUGCAAAGGGGCCCAGCGCUAAGCUAAAAGGCAAAGACUUUUCCGUAUCGAAAGGCAGACACCAGAGACCCAAGGAUGGCAAAUCGGCGAGCAGCAAUACCAACACAGCGGCUGGCGAGGGUUCUGCCCGUGAUACUUUGCAGCAGAAGAUUAUCGCAAGGAAACGGAUGACGAGAAAAAAGAAGGCGCAGAGUCGUCGGUGAAAUCCCAACCGUUCGCUUUACUUCAGCUGUCACUGUAGGACUGCUAACUUUCAUCGAGGGAAAUUUCACAUAAUAUUCUAAGCUGAGGCUUUUGAAGUACAUAGUGUAUCUUAUUGCUAUUAAGUCGAGGGUCUGCC